AUGAGAGAUGGGACCGAGUUAUCCGAAUUGCUUUUUGCGCAUGGGAUGAAAAAUAGUCUUUACGCUCGCAUAGGCAGCAUGCUUGCUGGAGAGGAGCCGCCCAAUGUGGACCUGCUUGCAAAAUUUGCUUUCACUCAACGAGCUUCAAAUACCAAUCCAGCUCACCAACCUGAGGGCGCUUCUGGUAGCGCAAACGAUCCCGUUUCCAUCCCAGAAACCUCUUCAUCUGGUGGCUCUUCUAACACGGUGUCACCAUUGCCUUCGGUCACCAGUUUGCUGCGCCCGCCCGGUCAACCUUCCAACAUUGUCGACCGUAACAAACCUCCUCGCCACCCACCAAUCGAUCAAGGCCUCCGACAUCAGGACUUGGUUGCCCUACCCCAAACCACCAUCUGCAAGAUGAUCGAGGUGAUGAGAGGCAUUGUGGCCCGCUCUAAUGAGCAAGCGACUUGUUUCGAGAACAAGCUCAAGAAAGAUGAAGAGAAAUUUCGAACCGACCUUUCAGCCGAACUAGAGAGGCAUGAUACUCAAGUGCGACAAUUAAUUUGCCUCCGAAUUGCCGAACUGAAAGUGCUGGGACUCAGCCGCGCCCGGGCCCACAAGGAGGACGUUAUUUUACCAGAUCAGAUUAUUUCGCUGCUUGAAGGUGCUGGGAUUUCUGGAGUCCGUAGCACUGACAUAUAG